UUUUUGGUAGACUCUAUGAGACGCGCUGCUUGCACUAAAUAAAAAAUUACUGAAAUCUUGAGAUAUCUAUAUUCGAUCUAUUGGAUUUUAAUCAGUACAAUUGUUAUAAUUCACACAGUCAUGGAGGAGGAUGGUGAUGGAGAACAUCAUGCUAAGAGAAAGCGAUCACCAGUGAAGCUUCCCUUGACUUUUGAAAUCCAACUGUUGGAAUCUGAAUCUGAAGCCUUGGUACUUACUGUGGUUCAGAAAGCUAAUGGUAUUGUUUUUGCAAAGUUUAACCAUCCAUUCCUAACUUCAUUGGAUAAACAAACAGUAUUAUUUCAACUGCCUGUGGUUCAUGAUCUAUUGAAUUCAUUGAAUACGUAUUAUUUUUAUGUUCUAAUAAAGAAAGAUGUACGAGAUAGACAUCAAGAAACAGGAUUAAUGUUUAAUAUCAAAGAUCAAUUUUAUGGUAUAUUCAAGUGUCCUAAUUUCAGUUUAAAGAGUAUAAGUCUUUCAAGUCAGUUGUUAUCUCAAAGUGUAUUGACAUUUGAAGAAUUUUCUAAGAUUCAAAUUGAUUCAACUAUUCAAAAGAAUCCCAUCAAUAACCAUGCAUCAAUUAUAGAACAGUUUGAUAUGUCCCCUCCAACUAGUGAAUCCCCUGUCAAACAAAUAGAGAACAAUUCAUCUGAAGAAGAUCCAUUAACAUUCAUGUAUAACCGAUAUUUUGAAAUGUUAUAUUCGUUGAAUACUCCUUUAUCAUACUUUCCAAAAUCAACUAUUUCAAGGUUUCGAAAUCUUUGCAACAAUAAGGGAGAAAGUACUGUAAGAGUAUUGGAAAUGCUUUUCCUUUCAGUAGAGCAAUUUGAUGAUAGACAUAAUGGCAAAUUUGGGAUAUUAAAUUCAUUAGAAAAGCUGGAUGUCAAUAUAGAUGAAGUUUCGCUUCGUGAUAGCAUAGAAAGCUCAAUUCAAGUUGAUUUCAAAAAGAAGAAUCAAGAUCUCAUGUACAUCCUACAAUCAUCUCCAGUAGAAGUUGAAAAAGAAGUCAUACCUGAGAAAGAAUCUCCUGCAAAUGGAAAGAAAGUAAUGUCUCGAGAGGAAAGGUUGCAAAGACUAGUCUUGGAAUUGAAAAUAAGAGAAGCUCAAUUACAGUUGAUUAUACUAUGUGAAUUGCUUAAUAUUUGGCAUAUUGCUGAAAGUGACUUCCUUAGUAAUAAUGAAAAGAAACAAAGAAAAGAAGUAAAGAAGAAAGAAAAAGAAUCAAAACCAUCAUUGGUUCGUAAAAAGAAAUCAAAUAAAAAGAUAGUUCCAACAUUUUUAGGAAUGGGAGUUAAUGUUCAGCUAGGUAGCAGCAAUAUGAUUUCAGAAGAAAAAGGUUCAAUAAAUGAGUAUAUGGCAUAUGUUUCAAUGAAUGCGGUCUUGGAUAGACUUGGUCUUUGGGAUACACUUUUAGGAAGAUCAAACGAUAGUAAAAAUAAUGGUACAAUGGGUUUUUUGGCAUAUGUAUUGGUGCCAUAUUAUAAUAAAAAGCUUCCUGUUAUAAUAAAGCAUAUAAUUGAUCGAAUAAAGGAUCUGAAUAUGAAAGUACCAAAACCUAUUAAAGAAUCUAAGAGUAAAAAGGGUAAACUGGCAGACGCACUGGAUACCGCCGAUGCUGAAAGUGGUAAAGCUGACCCAUCUCAAGACAGUAUGACAUCUUCUAGUAAGAGUACCAAGUUCAAGAAGGUAUUGUUGAGCAGAAAAUCUGCACCAGUCCUAAAGAAGGCUUCUACUAGUGGUCUAGUCAAGGAUGACAAUUUGAUGCCAGCAUUUUCGUUAAAGAGAUCAGCAUCUAAUCUCUCUUCAAAAAAUCUUAAGAAAAGAGUUGUUGAUAUGUCAGUCAACUUGAAGUCAUUCAAUGAUAACAAUGACAGUAAUAAGCUGACUGAAACUUUGAGACGACUGAAGAGUCUUUCAGAGAAAUCUGGAUUGAAUUCAACAGAGGGAUCUAUCUUCACGAAUAUAAAAAGGAAAUCUCAAGUAAUUCCGCAAGACAAGAUAUCUGUUUCGCAGGUCGAAGCAACUCCGGUAAAAGCAAAAUCUACAACUCUUUUAACUCAAGUUGAAGCUACUCCAAAGUUAUCAGUACCGUUUAAUUUAUCAGCAACAUCAUAUUCUCAAGUUGCAGCUACACCAACAGUAGGUAGUAGGACCGUACCAAUUGAGGAGGUUAUCGAUACACCUGAUGUAAGAUUUCUUCGUCCUGAUAGUACUCAGAAACCUCGUCCUUCAUUAUACAACAAACUUGUUGAGUCUAGUGAUGUCAAAAGCGAGUCUAAUAGUCCAUUUGUGUUUUCUGAUUUCAGAUCACCUAAGAAGCUUAAUUGUGCAAACAUAACGUCUCCUACAACUAUGAUUCAUACUACUCCAACUCAAGUAAUCAAUUCAUCUCCCUUUGGUAGAACUGAUUCCUCAAGAAGAAAAGAUAGACCAGGUGCUCCUGCUUCUAUACAAGAUUCACCAUUUUACAAUCCUGCAUUAAAUGGUUCUCCAACUGCAUUUCGUCUUGAAGACGCUAAAGAAAACAAUAAACCGAUAGUUUCUAAAUCUAUGAAGGAUAAAUUACAUUCUUUAAAUCAUUCAUUUCAAUAAUUAUACAUUAUUUUACAUAAGAUUUC